AUGGCCAGCCAACAGUUUUCCGGCAAUCUGAAGGAGGAAGUGAUCUGCCCCAUCUGCAUGGACUUUCUGCAGGACCCUGCCACCAUUGACUGUGGACACAAUUUCUGCCACAAAUGCAUUGCACGGAUUGCGGAAGAUUCAGGCAGAUUUCUCAAAUGUCCCCUCUGCAACAGUUCUGUGAAAAAAACAUUCAGGCCCAACUGGCUGUUGGUGAAUCUGGUGAAGAAAAUCCAAGCUAUGGGUACCUCUGAGGAGCAACCAGAAGGGGAAGAACUGAAAUGUCAGAAGCAUGGAGAGAAGUUCUAUUACUUCUGUGAGCAUGAUGGGGAUUUCCUCUGUGUGAUGUGUCGUGAAUCUGAGGACCACCGAAUGCAUAAUGCCAGCUUGAUAGAAGAAGCUGCCCAGAACUAUCAGGCGCAGAUUCAAUGUCAGGUUGAGAUCUUGCAGCAAACGGAGAAGGAGAUGGUACAAAUGAAGGAGCAAGGCGAAUGGAAGAUCAAUGACUUUAUGAACCAUGUGAAAUUUGAGAUGAUAAAGAUCCUGGGGGAAUUCAGUCACCUGCAACAGGUCCUAGAAGAGGAGAAGAAUUUCCUCCUGUCCCGGCUCCAUUGGCUAGGGCAGGAGGGAGACCAGCAGAGGAAACUCUUCACUGCUUCAAUGAAGUUGCAAUGGACUGCCCUCAAGAAGCUCAUAGAUUCCCUGAAGGUCAAGCAGCAAAUGCUGCCCAGUCAGCUGCUAGAGGACAUCAGAGCUACCCUGCACAGGAGUGAAGAAUUUCAGUUUCUCAGUCCAACCCUGAUUCCUCCACACCUGGAGAAAAAACUCAGUGUAGCAAAAUCAAGACAUGACUCCAUCAUAGAGAACAUGAAGAAAUUCGAAGACAACCUCCAGGCCAGUGGGAAGAAAGAUAAAAACAGAUUCCUCGAAAGCAUGAAUGAAAAAGACAAGCAGAACUGGGACGAAACAAUUAAGCCGGGGCUAUCGAAUCCCUACCCGCUAACUCCAUCCCACGCCUUAUUUGAGGCUUCCUUUCCUGGAGAAGCCGCCCCUUCAGCAUCACUUCUGGCUGGAAGUAGGGAGACUUACGUUGAAGUUCCUGUAAACCGAGCCAGCUCUGAGGACGCGGGGAGCUUUGGCUCUGAGAGUAGUGAACGGUUCAAGGCGGUGCUGACCCCUGUAGCACUGGACGCGGCCUCGCCCCACCCAGACCUCAUCCUUUCUCAGGAUCUAAAAACAGUAACGCUGCCUCUCCACCCUCAGCGCAGAUCUGAAGAGCCAGCAGACCAGGAGCGCUUCUACCCUUUCCCUUGCGUGCUGGGCUCUCCAGGCAUUUCUUCUGGCUGCCAGGCCUGGGAGGCGGAGCUCCAAGGAGGAGAGCGCGCGGGCUGUCUGGUGGGCGUGGCCUCGGAGCUAGUAUGCCGACGAGGUUGUCUGCUGGUGGAACCCUUAGCAGGCUUCUGGACGCUACGCAUCACCAGCCUCGGGUGCGAGGCGCUCACCGAUGGUGGCACCCGGGAGAAUCUACCUAUCCGUCCGAAGAAAGUGGGCAUCUUCGUGGACCACGAACUCGGGGAGGUCGUCUUCUUCGACAGCACCACAAGCAACCACAUCUACACCUUUCACGCCUCCUUCGCUGGGCAGAUCUUCCCCUUUUUCCAGCUCCUGUAUCCUGGCACACAAAUCACCCUGAAUCCCUAGAGUUGUCCCUUUCUCUCCGUCUUUUCCCUGCUAACUCCCCAUUUGGGGACGCGCUGCAGCUGGUCCAGUUGAAACUAGGCUUCUGGAGCCCUUUCCAAAGGUUACGCCUGAGGCAGGCCAGAUGUUC